CGGCAACCCUUCAGUGUUUCACAGGCUGCUGGGCUUGGUGAAUGCCUCACCAACAGAUGAGCCUCACAACAUCCACUUCACCCAGGUUGAGUACAGUCUUGCUGGCAACUUUACAUGUGAAGUCUCCACAGCUAAUGACGUUGCCCGGCAAACUUAUUUCCUCCAUGUUGUGGAUGCCUUUUCAUCUCCCUACAAGACUAAUGUACACGUCUUUGAGAUGAUAAACAACAGCAGUGGAAUAAAAGAAGAGAACAAGUUCCAGUAUGAGGUUGAUGGCAGUGAUCCAUCACAGAAUGUUAAUUUUGAAAAUGCUGCCUGCACUCUGGUGUGGACCUUCUCCACACCUGCCAUCUUCCCGCGACCAAAUGUCACCUGUGGUUACUAUUCCUUUGACUAUGAUGAUGUUAUCCACCGCCUUCCUGCCGGCCUCACCAUGCACAAGUUUGAUAAUGGUUCCUGGCAGGCCUCCUUUGACUCUACCCAUAUUGAGGUGUUGAGCAUCCCCAGGAGUCACCGCCUUGGGUGUACUGUCCGCAUUCCUGACACUACUUACAAGAAGGUCAUUAAAGCUGAUGAUGACUUUUUCAUCGAUAAUCUCAUCGACUCUACGGGCUGCCCAAGCCUCAGCCUGAUCCACAAUCUAGGGUUAAAUGUGGAGGUGAGGGAUGCCACAUACACAUGUCGUGAUGACAUCCUACCUGCUGAUAGAAGUGGAACAGCUGUUGCAUCACUCAGUUGCCCUGAUGGCCAUGCUGCUGUGUUCCCUGAAGGUGUAAUAAAACAUGACUGGAAUUUAGAGCUAAGUUGUUCAGAGAAUGACAUAGGAUGGCGUACCUUCUCCAGCGAAGAACAUUCAAAAUUUGACAAGUUCUUUGACCUCAACAAUUUACCUUACUGUGAACCAAGAGUGUUUGGUUCGGCUCAUGAGGUUCAUGCUGGCUCUACAUAUGUCUUGUUGACGUUACUGUCAUUGGCUGCUAUAUUCAACCUUUGACCCUCUGCCAUGAUGAGACAUCAUGAGAAUUAAUUACUUUGAUUUUACUAAGGGUUUGGUGUUCCUUAAAUCCAGAAGAGAAUUCUAGGAUACAAAUGAAUGUACUGUACUGUACUGUACUGUACUGUACGUGGUUUGAAUAUGAAAAUACCAAAAAACAAAAACAAAAAAUAGAAUGUGAAUGCUUAAAUCAUCUUCAUGUAUGAUGCAGCAUCUCAGUUACAGUAUUGUGUUUUAUGUGUUUUGAGACAAUUCAUGUGACCAGUUACUAAAUUAUUAUACAGUAUUUGUGAUUACAGUACAAUAUAUAUAUAU